UGUCCCCCACUCCGGCUCUUCCGCCCUCCCGUCCCGCCUCGCCUCCCACCCUCUGGACUGUGCAAGGGGCCUCCCUCCCCGGCGGGGCACCCCUCACGCACGCUCGCUAUCUGCCCAAAAGGAGCAGAAUCCCGCCCGACCUGCUCUGCUCUAGAUCUGCAGCAGUAGCCGGAUCCUACCCUAUCCCACCCCACCCGCAAUCACCAACGUUGAGGUUUUCAAACUGUUUUGCUUGGUGCCUGGGUCUGGGUGCCAUGGGGUGCGGCCACUCCAAGCUGCCCCGUGGCCGUGGGGAUCAGGACGCGGCGGUCGCGCUCUGCCGCGACCGCUCCGCGCUGCUGGCCGACGCCAUUCGCCACCGCUACGCCCUCGCCCACGCCCACCGCGCCUACGCCGCCUCGCUGCGCGCCGCCGCCGCCGCGCUGCACGACUUCCUCCUGCUGCAGCCGCCGCCGCCGCUCGAGCCCCCCGCCCUACCGCCGCGCCUCCCCGAGCGCCGGAAGGGUGACCCGCUCCCCGCCGCCGACGCGCCCAACAACAAGGACGAUGACGACGGCGGCCACAUACGCUUCCACUCGGACGACGAAGACGGCUCCGACGGCGCGCACAUCAGGUUCCCGUCCGACGACGAAGACGACGAUGCCCACCCGCAUGUCCCAUGCCUCCAGCCCCUCCCGCCCGCGCCACCGCCGCCGCCGCAGCAGGUGGCCCCGCCUUACUAUUCUCAAUACGCUCCGCCCCUCUACAGCCACGUCCCCGGCCCCGCGUAUGGGUACGGGCCCGACAUGGACGGCUAUGGACAUGGUUUCUUCAACAUCAGCUAUGCCCGCAGCCAGCCGCCGCCGCCGUCUGUGUCACACGAGCACCGCACCCAAGCCACCAAUGCCACCGUCCAUUACUACCCGGGCAAUGGUGCCUCCGGCACACCGCUGCACGGCUCUUACUACGGCGGCUACCAGUACCGGUACCCCAACGACGGCGGCUUCCACGAGGCGCCAGCCUCCUCCGUCGAUGGGGCUGCGCCGUCGCCGCCGCGGGUGUCGAGCUGGGACUUCUUUAACCCGUUUGAGUCAGUCGAAAGCUACUACCGAGAGGAGCCGGCUGCCGUGGCGGCCCAUACCCCUAACCGGACCUCCAAGGUCGCGCAGGAGGGGGGCCGAAACCCGGAAUUGAACAACGCGGAGGUGGAAGAAGUGGUCGUCAAGGAAGCACGCAGCAUUGGCAACCACGACAGUGAAGGCGACAGAGCUGCGCUCGACAAGGACGAAAGGAGGAGCAGUGUCGGCGAGGAGCCGAACAGGAAGUCCAAGUCGUCAGAGGCAAGCAGUAGCACUAUGGUUCAUGAUGUCCAUGUAGUGGAGAAAAGUGUUGUGGAAGAUCAUUCAGAUGCCCCUGCGGUUCCCGGGAAGGCCUACAAUGAUGAUAUUGAGGUGUCACAGGAGAUCAGGUCGCAGUUCGAGCAUGCUGCGAAUUCUGCAGCCAAUGUGUCCAAGGUGCUCGAAGUUGGGAAGAUGCCUUACCACCACAAGAGCCCAGCACUGAAAGUAUCCUCAUCAAUGAUGAUUUGUGGGCGGCCUUCAAUCGGCGAGGAGUUCCUGCAGUUUGUGGAGGACAAAGCUACAGAACAUGGCAACCUUUCUUCUACAUUGCAGAAGCUCUACAUGUGGGAGAAGAAGCUUCUCGAAGAACUCAAGACCGAGGAGAAGAUGAGGGUGCUGUAUGAUAAAAAAUGUGAGGAGCUAAAAGUUCUGUGUGAGAGAGGUGCUGAAGCUCAUAAACUUGAGGCAAUUGAAACUUAUACCAGGAAGCUAUCGACAAAAAUAAGCGUUGCCAUUCAGGUUGUCAACACUAUUUCAAAGAAGAUCAAUAAGCUGAGAGAUGAAGAAUUAUGGCCGCAGACAAAUGAGCUGAUUCAAGGGUUGAUGGAAAUGUGGCAUGCCAUGUCAGAAUGCCAUAAAAUCCAGUGCCAUGCCAUGUCCCAAGCUAAAAACAUUGACUCUACUGUCGCAGCUACAAGAUUCAGUGAAGCUCAUAUCGACUUAAUCAAGCGCCUAGAGCUUGAGUUGUUGGAUUUGGUUGCCAGUUUUGCUGCAUGGGUUAAUGGACAAACGAGCUACAUUGGCACUAUAAAUGACUGGCUGAAGAAGGGGAUUGACUAUGUGCCUGAAGUGACCGAUGACGGCACUCCUCCCUUCUCUCCAGGGCGCCUGGGAGCACCCCCCAUUUUCAUCAUCUGUAAUGAUUGGGCGACCGGAAUCGCGAGGAUACCCGAGACGGGAGUAGUAGACACCAUGCAGGCUUUUGCCUCCCAGGUUCUGCACCUGUGGGAGAAGCACAGGUUAGAGUGGAGGCAGGGGAUGAUGGCCAACAGAGAUAUGGACAGGGAGCUUAGAGUGAUGGAGAGGGAUGAAACGUCGAUGCGCAAGGCCCUCGAAGCACAGAAUAAUAAGCUCGUGCUUGUUUCGAACCAGAGCGGCGUAUCCUUAUCUGCACAGGCUGUACGGGAUGGUGAUCCAUCCUCUGAAGUGGGUUUGCAAUCAUGCAUGAGCAGGUUUUUCGAAGCAAUGGAGAGCUUCUCCGCCGCCUGCGCAAAUGCGUACAAGGAUCUCCAUCUUCGUUGUGAAGAAGAGAGAACUCGGCCUGCCCAAGAGACUGACAAAGUUUCCUAGUGGCAUUCUCAGAUUUUGCUUGUACGGUGAGAGGCAACCGAUCCUGUGGUUUGGAUGAGCAGCAAAGGUGCACAUAGCAGCAGUAUCACAGAUUCAAAUUGCACUGUCUUUUUCCCUCUGUUGGGUUCUGGGAUCGUCACUGGGUUUUAAGCAGCCGAUGUAAAAGCUUGUGCUAAGAUGAGUUCUCACGAUCAGAUUGCCACUGUUCUUACCAAACCUGCAACCUCUCAGGGUUUGAUGAUCAUCUGCUCCUCCUCCUAAUCAAUUGUCAUACCAAUGCCAAUGGUCAACGGCGUUGUCGCCGGAAAGAAGAAAGAGUCAAAGACGAGGAGAAAUAGAAGGCGCUGAUCGGAAUAGAGAUCUUUUAUCAUUCAUGAUGAAAACCCUACAAUUGUCGGUGUAUGAACUUGGUAUUCUCUAGCCAAUGCAUGAUCCUGAUACAUGUUUGGUGCUCAUUGUGGAGCUCUGCUACAGCUUCGUGCCCAAGUUAUCCAGGGAUUGAGCUUUUUAGUAUAGACAAAGGUCCUGGCACCGCUUGCAGAUUCUAUCGAAAUUCAUAUGAUUUCAAUUGUAAUUGUGAAUUUUGUCCAGCUAUGGUAUAAGUUGAGCCUUUGUAACA